CGGUUUUCGGCCUGAUAAAACUUGGUGAAUGGAUUAUUAGGAAUCAAAUAUCGGAGAAAUUCCUCACAUUCCCAAUAGUUUGUUUCCUCGCUCCGCUAGAUGGAGUGCUGAAUUUAUCUCCAUAACCUAUCAUUGCAGUUUCCAUUCUAAGGGGGUAUGUUCUGUGGUGUCGUGUCAGGAAAUACUAGAAUGCCCAUAAUUUAUGUAAACAGUGCUUCAAGCGUGUGAUUAUAUUAAGAUCUAGAAUACAACUUGCGUCCAUUUGUAAUAAUUGACCUGCUUCCCACAUAUUAAAAGAAAAUGAGUGGAAAUCAGUCAGGUUUAGUGACAAUUCCAUUGGAGAACACAAACAAACCGAAUGAUUAUUUUAAAGGUAUUUUUGAGAAAUAUGAUAAAGACCACGAUGGACUCAUCACGGUUAAGGAAUUAAGCGAUAUGAUUGAAAGUCGCGAAUAUGACAAAGAUAUUCCCGAUUAUUGCGUUAAAAAAAUUCACGAUUUACACGACGUAAAUCAGGACCGAAAAUUGAACUUUGAUGAAUUUAUGUACAUGAUUCACAAUCCUGAAUAUAGUUACAUAUUUGGACAUUACAUUUCUCGGUAUAUCAACUGGAUUAUACCUCCAAAGAGAAUUCCGCCCUCACAUACUGUCACAGAUGGAAUAUAUGAAGAGGAAUAUUCUUGCAACCCUCCAGCCGUUGGCAUGAUCAUUUUAUCUCUAGUAGAAAUAUUAUGUUUUUGCAUUGACGAGGUCGUCGAGCGGGACUCAACAAAAUAUGCCACAGGACCUGUAGCAACUGUUUUUAUAUACGAACCGCACAAGCGGUACGAGAUAUGGAGAUUUUUCACUUAUAUGUUUGUUCACAUUGGAGUUUUUCAUCUUCUGGUAAAUUUGGCUGUUCAAAUAUUAUUGGGUAUACCGCUUGAGAUGGUGCAUAAGUGGUGGCGAGUGCUAGUUGUCUACUUUGCGGGGGUUUUAGCAGGCUCGCUUGCCACUUCCAUUACGGAUCCGGACGUAAGGUUGGCUGGUGCUAGUGGAGGAGUUUAUUCCUUGAUUACAGCUCAUGUUGCGUCAAUCAUUAUGAAUUGGCGAGAGAUGUCCUACCCUCUAAUUCAACUAUUCGUAUUCAUAUUGGUUGCAGUUAGUGAUAUUGGUACUGCAAUAUAUUACAGAUAUGUCUUGGAUAAAGUACAAAGUAUAGGAUACGUUGCCCAUUUUGCAGGUGCCGUAGCAGGAUUGCUAGUUGGAAUUAAUGUGUUACGGAAUUUGUCAGUAUCAAAAACUGAAAAAGUUUUGUGGUGGAUAUCGCUCACGGCGUUUGUGGCUCUAUUGGCG